CGCCGCCAGCUCACCAUGGAUGAUGAUAUCGCCGCGCUCGUCGUCGACAACGGCUCCGGCAUGUGCAAGGCCGGCUUCGCGGGCGACGAUGCCCCCCGGGCCGUCUUCCCCUCCAUCGUGGGGCGCCCCAGGCACCAGGGCGUGAUGGUGGGCAUGGGUCAGAAGGAUUCCUAUGUGGGCGACGAGGCCCAGAGCAAGAGAGGCAUCCUCACCCUGAAGUACCCCAUCGAGCACGGCAUCGUCACCAACUGGGACGACAUGGAGAAAAUCUGGCACCACACCUUCUACAAUGAGCUGCGUGUGGCUCCCGAGGAGCACCCCGUGCUGCUGACCGAGGCCCCCCUGAACCCCAAGGCCAACCGCGAGAAGAUGACCCAGAUCAUGUUUGAGACCUUCAACACCCCAGCCAUGUACGUUGCUAUCCAGGCUGUGCUAUCCCUGUACGCCUCUGGCCGUACCACUGGCAUCGUGAUGGACUCCGGUGACGGGGUCACCCACACUGUGCCCAUCUACGAGGGGUAUGCCCUCCCCCAUGCCAUCCUGCGUCUGGACCUGGCUGGCCGGGACCUGACUGACUACCUCAUGAAGAUCCUCACCGAGCGCGGCUACAGCUUCACCACCACGGCCGAGCGGGAAAUCGUGCGUGACAUUAAGGAGAAGCUGUGCUACGUCGCCCUGGACUUCGAGCAAGAGAUGGCCACGGCUGCUUCCAGCUCCUCCCUGGAGAAGAGCUACGAGCUGCCUGACGGCCAGGUCAUCACCAUUGGCAAUGAGCGGUUCCGCUGCCCUGAGGCACUCUUCCAGCCUUCCUUCCUGGGCAUGGAGUCCUGUGGCAUCCACGAAACUACCUUCAACUCCAUCAUGAAGUGUGACGUGGACAUCCGCAAAGACCUGUACGCCAACACAGUGCUGUCUGGCGGCACCACCAUGUACCCUGGCAUUGCCGACAGGAUGCAGAAGGAGAUCACUGCCCUGGCACCCAGCACAAUGAAGAUCAAGAUCAUUGCUCCUCCUGAGCGCAAGUACUCCGUGUGGAUCGGCGGCUCCAUCCUGGCCUCGCUGUCCACCUUCCAGCAGAUGUGGAUCAGCAAGCAGGAGUAUGACGAGUCCGGCCCCUCCAUCGUCCACCGCAAAUGCUUCUAGGCGGACUAUGACUUAGUUGCGUUACACCCUUUCUUGACAAAACCUAACUUGCGCAGAAAACAAGAUGAGAUUGGCAUGGCUUUAUUUGUUUUUUUUGUUUUGUUUUGGUUUUUUUUUUUUUUUUGGCUUGACUCAGGAUUUAAAAACUGGAACGGUGAAGGUGACAGCAGUCGGUUGGAGCGAGCAUCCCCCAAAGUUCACAAUGUGGCCGAGGACUUUGAUUGCACAUUGUUGUUUUUUUAAUAGUCAUUCCAAAUAUGAGAUGCGUUGUUACAGGAAGUCCCUUGCCAUCCUAAAAGCCACCCCACUUCUCUCUAAGGAGAAUGGCCCAGUCCUCUCCCAAGUCCACACAGGGGAGGUGAUAGCAUUGCUUUCGUGUAAAUUAUGUAAUGCAAAAUUUUUUUAAUCUUCGCCUUAAUACUUUUUUAUUUUGUUUUAUUUUGAAUGAUGAGCCUUCGUGCCCCCCCUUCCCCCUUUUUUGUCCCC